CGCUCUCCUGCGCACCCCCCGGGGGCGCCCACCCGGGAUGAUCAGUGCCCUGAUGAUCGGUGCCCAGCAGUGCCACCCACCAGUUCCGCCCACCUGUGCCCAGCAGUGCACCUUCCUGUGCCCAGCAGUGCACCCACCUGUGCUACCCAGCAGUGUUACACACCUGUGCCCAGAAGUGCCACCUACCUGUGCCCAGCAGUGCCAUCCACAUGUGCCCACCCACCUGUGCCCACCAGUGCCACCCACCUGAGCCCACCAGUGCAACCCACCAGUGCCCAUCAGUGCUGCCAGUCAGUGCCACCAGUCAGUGCCCAGCGGUUGUGCCAGUCAGUGCCCAGCAGUUGCGCCAGUCAAUGCUUAGCAGUGCUGCCAGUCAGUGCCCAGCAGUGAUGCCAGUCAGUGCCACCUAUCAGUGCUGUCUAUCAUUGCCACCUAUCAGUGCCACCUAUCUGUGACACCUCAUUAGUGCUGCCUAUCAGUGCCGCCUAUCCGUG